AUGGCUGGAAUAGAAGAGAUUCAGUAUUUGACCAGAGGAAGCAGUUUGAGAAGUUUUCGAAGCAUCGAGAAAAAUGGAGAAAUGAGUUUGGGAAGAGCGCAAACUUUCUCGUCGCCAGGUGGAAAUAAUAAGGCGGGCAGAUUGCCCCAGCGUGCAAAUACAACGAUGGCCAGGUCAGCAACGAUGAAGCCUGAGAAUCAAUCGCCACAUGGAGCUUUGGUCGCCAGAUUCAACAAUGUUUUAAAGCAUUUUGCCAAAAUUGAUCCUGAAGACAUUGAUGGAAAAGAGUCAGGCUUUGGGCACGCAACGGCGAUAAUCGACCAAGCCUGGGAAGACAAGCAGGCUAAUUUGGCGGUGCAAUUUUCCGGACAUCUACUUGAACGAGAAAUUUUGCAUUUGGCGGUCGACUCGCUCGCUCCCGACUCGCCUCCCGAACUGGUGCUGGAAUCACUCAAAUUGAUCGCUGCGUCGAUAUUUAUUCCAGAAAUUAGGAAAUUUAUUUGCAAACAGGACAACUUACAGGCGGUCGUCAACUGCUUCGAUCAUUAUGUCAGAAGCAAAAACUUCGAGUUCCGCAGCGCCGCGCUAGAAGUUCUCGCUGCCUGCGUGAAAGAAUCGGACGAAGUCAUCUCCAAGUUAAUUCGACUGAAAGCCUUCGACAUCGUCGCGACGGCGCUGGAACGCAUCGACGAGCCGGCCGUUGCUCGAUUCGCGGCGCAAUUUUAUAGCUUUUCUGCUCUGGCGAGCAAUACCAAACACUCGAUUCAUGAGCGCAUGUCCAAGCUCGGCGUGCACCAUUAUUUAUCCAUCAUUCAAGCGUCGAGUGUUGAUUUUGCCGUUUUCCAUGCUUCGCUUGCACUUGCUGUUCUCGCUUCCAACAAAGAACCGUCUAUCAACAUAACAUUCCAAAACCCGCUGGCCAACGAGUUCCUUCAAACCCAUCACGACUUUUUCAAAUGCGAAAGCUUCCAACUCGAGAAUAGCAAACGCAUCGCCUAUGGAAUCGCUCCUCCUAUCCUCGAGCGCGUCAACCAACUCCUCUAUUCCAACAAUGGAACGAUCCAGGCAAUCGGCGCGUUUUUUCUUCUUCAAGAAGUUCUAGCGCGGAAAGCGAUGCGACAAUUUGAUGUUUUCAGCGACACGAACAACAUCGCCGCGUUGAAAAAGUGCGCAGCGAGUACCUUGAGUGGUUACGCAAGAGAACUAGCAUCGAAUUGCUUGAGAAUCAUGGACAUUCCCAUCCCCGUCAAGCUCUGCCCCCAAGUGCACAUGUGGGACACCGACGACGUCGCCACAUGGUUCGAAAUCAACGGAUUCAAGGACUUCGCCGCCACGGCUGUUGAGUCCUGCUGCGAUGGGCGAAUGCUCCUGUUGCUCAACGAAGACGAUCUCGUCCAGGUCUUCCUGAUGUCAAACAAGUUCCACCGCCGGAAGUUCAUCCAAGACCUCGUCGAACUACGAAUCAAUGGCGAUUACACGAGCGAAGAUGCAAGUGGCAUUCAAAAGUGGCUGUCCGGAAUAGGCCGCGAAUUCAGCCAGUACACUUUUCAUCUCAUCCAAGCUGGCGUCGAUCGCGAUUUCUUGCCUCAUCUAACGGACGAGCACUUGAAAGUCGACUGCCAAAUCACCAAUGGAGUCCACAGGACAAAAAUUCUAGAGGCAGUUCGUCGCGACGAGGGAGCAAAUGGACAUGACGAUGUGCAAGAUCCAAAGGAUGUCUUCGUCUGCUCUUGGAAAGAGGGUCAACUUCUGAGCGAGUCCCUCUGCGCCUACCUCCGUCUACGAUCUUUCUCCGUCGCUACCAACUGGGGCUUGAUCCCGAAGUCCGACGAAGUCACCCUCCGCCACGAAACGAAUAUCGCUCACGCAGGCCACUUCCUUCUCGUCCUGACACCAGGUUGCCUUGAAAAUCUCAUUCAAAACGCCUGCGAAGAUGAAAACACUCUCGCUCUCGAUCCGUUUUAUCGCUGGAUCGUGACUGCUUUCGCUAAAGGUUGCAAUAUCAUUCCAAUGGUGGCUCCUGGCUGGAAAUGGCCAGUGCCAGACAGUGUUCCUGAAGCGAUAAGAGAUCUGUGCUUCAUGAAUGGAGUCCGUUGGAGAUGGGGAUAUCAAGAAGAAAUCAUCAACAGGCUCCAGCGAUUCAUGACCGAUCAUGGCUCUCUUCAGAGCUUGACAUCAGUCAAUCGAGCUCAAUCAAAGAUGUCGAUGGCUAGCACAACUCAUGGCGAGUACGUCCUCCCUACUCCAGCUGAAAACCUCUCCCGACAACCCUCACAAAGAAGCAUCACCUCUGUCACUUCUCGUCCCUCCCUCCGCUCUUUCGGCGGCUCGCCCCAGGCUGAUACAGGAAGUCAAAGAUCAAGACACUCUUCCAGAGCUUCAGUUGCUUCUCAACAAAGUAUAAACGAAGUUCCAGAAGAAGCCGCUGAGCUUCAAAACGGCUCAUCCCCUGCUGGCUCACCAGACAAACAACCUCUUCGUUCAUCCUCCCGAGCAUCCAGUCAAGCUUCACUUUCCUUCCGCGGCUCCAAGCCCCCACUGCCCCCAUCGCGAAGCAACAGUAAUGUCUCCCUCUCCUCCUCCGCUAGCCAGCGUUACAGUAGACUUGCUGAUAACACACUCGGUCGAGCAUCUAGCAGAAAUUCAGUGGCAAGUAAUCGACUUUCUACAGCGUCGCUUCCAAGACCAGAUAUGCUCAGAGCAAGCAGCAGAUCUUCCGUCGCAUCUGGCCGUUCAAGCGUCGCUUCUGACAAACCAGUUCCUCCACCGAAGCCACAAAGCCUCUCCCGUGCCUCUUCUCGAGCAUCUUUGCCUCCAAACUCUCCGAAUAACGCCACUCUUGGUUCCCCGGUUCUAGCAAGUCCGACAAGUCUUUCCGAACGUAGCACUUCUCAAAUCUUCGAAAAUGUGAUUCAAGAGACGGUUCUUGACAAGGACCCUCCCCAAGGAAUCCCACAAAAAGAGGAUGAAAAGAUGAGCGUCGAUGAACUUGCAAGUGGAAAUAGUGCGGCAAUCGUCACGACUCAAGCUGCAGUGGAACCCACCCCUGAAUCCAUCCCUUCCUCUCCCGAGCCCGAGCCAGUCUCCAAAAAGUCCGUCAAUGUUCCCGUCGAGUACGAAUCCACCGAGCCCAGCCCAGAGCCAGUUUCUGAUCCCGAGAUCGACGAUCAUCUUCAGCCAGUUGCAUCGUCAAAAGACGCCACUGAUCCCGAUGAUGAGCCUCUCGACAUGCUCAUUUCGAAAGUAGAAAAAGAUUUGAAAGUUCAAAGUGCUUUGCCGAUAGAAGAUGAUCUCCCUAAAGACGAAUCGCCCCUCCCUUCUCCAGAAAAAGUUCCCGAAAAAGCUGAAAGCAGUCUAACAGCAGCGUCGCUAGAAUCCGCCUCUCCACCGAAUACGCCUGAUAAGAAGAAAUCGCCUCAGUCCUCCCCCAAAAGCACCACCAAUCAAUCAAAUGACACACCACCCAUCGUCAUCGACGAUUCCGACGAGGAUGAUGGUGAGAACAACGACGAAUCACUCUCGGAAGACGCGAUGACGACCGUAACUGAAUUGACGAUGUCGUCGACGAUCUCGAGCGCGUCCGCCAAGCUCAAAAAGGGCAUUUCCAAAAGGCUCGGAAAAGCGAAAACUAAAACUUCGAAAGCGUUUUCUAAAGGGCUGAAGGGGCUCAAAAACUCCUCUGAAAAGCUGAAAUCGUCCCUGAAACGGGGCGAUAAGAAAAAAGCUGAUAAGGGUAACGAGGAGGAAAAAGAGGAGUUGGAAGAUAUCUCCGAUGAGAAAGAGAUCAACUCUCCUCCAGAGGUGAUAGAAAAAACUAGCGGUGAUAAUGAUAAAAUAGAGGUGGAAGUAGUGGUAGAGGAAAAGGCUGAAGAAGCAGCGCCAGAAACAGAACCAGACUCGGGCGUGAUUAUUGAAAAAGAAUCGGCUGUUUUAGACACUGUUGUUGAAGAAACCGAUAUUGUUGUUGAGAAACAGGAUCAGCCAGUCUCUGAGACCAAGGAGGCUCCUAAGUCAGACGAGUCAAAAGACGAGCCUGAAAAGGAAGACUCAAAUAAGAUCGAGCCAGCCUCAGAUUUGGUUGAAAAAGCACCUGUUACUGAGGCUGAAACUGUUGAUGUUUCAGAUGAGCCGGAAAAAUCUGAACCAUCUGAGACUACAUCAGUUCCGUCUGAGCAAGUCUCCGUUGAGCCAGAUUCCGUCAAAGAUAGUGCUCCCGAAAUUGAGGCGCCAAAGGAGCCUGAAACGCCAGUUGAGUCAAGUUCUGUUUCUGAAUCUACUCCAGCCCCUGAAAUUUCAUCUGAACCGGUAUCAAAAGAACCCGAAAACUCGAAAGAGCCAGAAUCUGAGGAGAAAUCAGAACCAACCGUAGCACAAGCACUUGCUCAGGAUUUUUGA